UCGGGAGGCCCCUGGACAAAGACACCUACCCUGCCAUGCUGCGCCAUCUGCCCUCCAGGUUGCCAGUCAAGAUGUGGGGCAGGAUUUUGGAGAAACAGUCGUGGAGGGACAGCAGUCAGACCCCUCCCCCAUGUCUUAUCCGUAGACUUGACCACAUCGUGAUGACGGUGAAGAGCAUCAAAGACACCACCAAGUUUUAUUCCAAGAUCCUGGGCAUGGAGGUCGUGACUUUUAAGGAAGACCGGAAAGCACUGUGUUUUGGAGACCAGAAAUUUAACCUCCACGAGGUGGGAAAGGAAUUUGAACCCAAAGCCGCUCACCCGGUUCCUGGCUCCCUGGACAUAUGUCUGAUAACAGAGGUGCCUUUGGAGGAAAUGAUCCAGCACCUCAAGGCUUGUGAUGUCCCUAUUGAGGAGGGGCCAGUCCCCAGAACAGGGGCAAAAGGGCCUAUUAUGUCCAUCUACUUCCGAGACCCCGACAGAAAUCUGAUUGAGGUGUCAAACUACAUCUCCUCGUGAUGGAGGCACAUUCUGUCCUCCUCCUCCAUUCUGUCCCCCUCGAUGUCGCCCUCUCCUUUCCUUCCUGCAAACCCCCACCCAGGCCCAGAGACCUCUGAGGACUGAGGACUUAGGCACUUCACACAUCCUGCUCAGGGGGGACCCAAGACAGGUUUGGGACCAAACCUACAUGUCUGUAUGUCAUCUAAGCUGGCCUAAUAAAUGCAUAACCUCUC